AUGGAGCCACCAUUACCAGAAUGUUCAUUGGGGAACAUUAUAAGCAUUGCAGGAGCAGUAUUCACAACGAAGGAGAAGGAGUUGAGUGAAUUGGUGAGUCAACUAAGAGAAGCGAUAAAAAAACUGGACAUUGAUUUUUUGGAGAAGAUAAAAAGUGGAGGUGAAGAUGGAUUCUCCAAGCUUUAUGAUGCAAUGAAGGAGGUUAGAGAUUUAUAUACUAGUCCAGUAUUUGGUAGUGAAGCAUUGGAAUUUGCUGGGUUUAACAGUUGGUGUAACUUUGGUAUAUAUGAUAUAGACUUUGGCUGGGGAAAGCCAAUAUGGGCAACUGGUUUUGCUCCGCCGGUGGAUGAUUCAAAUAUGCCGCAUUUCAAUUUCGUGUGUUUGAUGGAUAGAAGAACAGACAAAGGAGUAGAAGCAUUGGUAGGGUUGAACGAAGAUGACUUCAAUUUUCUCGAGAAAGAUACAGAGCUUCUUCAAUUUGCUUCCAUUAAUCCAUCUCUAGUUUUUAAUUAA